UCCACCCACUUAAGAAUGACAUACACACACAACACACACACAAAUGUGUCAAUACAACACACAUUUUUCCCUGCCUCCUAGUUUACCACUUGGAUUCGUCUAAACUCUUCCGGUCUCUGUCUCACAGCAGGAGGCCAUAGGAAGAACGAAAGGGAGGAGGAGGAGGAGGAGGUGGUGUGCACUGUUCAGUAGUUUCCCAGUCGUCAUGACUACCUCACACCCCACCAUUUCCAGAGCUGUCUUCCUGUUGCUACGGUGACCUGAUCUCCUGCUCGUCUUGAUGAUUGGGAUCAGGCUGAUAAAAAAUCCAGGAGUGCCGUCUCUCCUCCCUGAACAGUGCUCGUGGAUGGGACAGCAGAUCGCACGGUUCGGAGGAGGAGGACCGGGAGUUGCGGCACACUGAGAAUGCUGUGUGAGUAACAGCGAAGUGUUGCUUGGAAACAGCAGCAUGCCUAUACAGCAGAUAACUGUGGUUCCAGCCAGGGAGACAGCCAGUAAUGGCAAGAGUGCCUCACGCUCCAAAGACAAAAAUGAGGGGAGGAAGGCCCCUGGGCGCUCAGGGAGUAGAUCCAGCAACAUCUCCAAGGUCAGCAACUCAACAGGACUAACGACAGCCUCUCGAACGUCAGUCUCCCCGUCUUCUCAGGACAUAUGCAGUUCUGGUCAGCUGGCCCGCUUAGAGGAGGAUGCCCCUGAAUUACACAAAUCCAACAAGAACACACAACACAGCUCUGCAAUGACAGUCACCAGCACAGGUCUGUGCUCAUCGGUUCAGGCCCAGAAGAAACAGGUGAAGCGUCGCCACCGUCGUAAAAGGAACAGCUGCACUGCCUUGGACUGUGUAGACAACAACACCAAACAGGAGCAGACCGACCGCAGCGACCGCAGCCUCAGCCUCAGUUCUGACCGCAGCGAGAGAGGGGAAACGAGGGAACGCUGUUUCAGGAACCGCAAGGAGCUCCCUCCCCGCCGCCGUUGCUCAGGCGCCCCUCAGUCCGAGUCCACGUCUGAGGAUGAGGCGUGGCGUGAGGCCCGCAGCUGGAGCAAGGAGAAAGCCCGAAGAGCGCGGCGACGCAGUGGAAGCAGCCGCGAGAGGGAGGCCAACAGAGGUAAAGGAGAUGAAGACAUAGCAGAGGUUAUGGAGCUCCAGUCGAUGGGUUCAGAGGACGGGAAGGAGAACCAGCUUCUGGUGGAAAACAGUGGAGGCCUGAAGAAGAGACAUAACAGCAGCAGGAGUUCGACGAAGAGUGGUCACGUGUCGCAGAGGGAAAGGUCUCCGAGCAGAGAGGAGAAGAACUGCGGCGACUACAAGUCCCACAGCCCUGGAGGCAGUUCGUCACCGGCAGAGGAUGGAGAGGAGCUCAUCACCAAACGCUACCAGGAGAGGGGCUCCGGGGACGGGGACAUGGCAGUGCCCACCCCACAAAAACACUGCACUGCCAACGGUGGGACGGUGCCGACCUUCUCUGACGACUCUGAACUAGAGGUCUGCAGGAUCUGCCACUGUGAGGGGGAUGAAGAGUGUCCAUUGAUAAUGCCCUGUCGCUGCACAGGGAGCCUAAGUUUUGUGCAUCAGUCCUGUCUCAACCAGUGGAUCAAAUCCUCUGACACUCGCUGCUGUGAACUCUGCAAAUUUGACUUCAUCAUGGAAACAAAGCUCAAACCGUUACGAAAUUGGGAAAAGCUGCACCUGUCCAAGAGUGAGAGGAGGAAGAUCUUCUGCUCAGUGAUGUUUCAUCUGAUAGCAAUAGCAUGUAUGCUGUGGUCAGUCUACAUUCUGAUCAAGAGAACAGCUGAAGAGGUCAGACUUGGAAAGAACGACGAAUUAUGGCGAGUUUCUCUUCUGAAGUACUAUAAGAAGGACGGUGUGCUGGAGUGGCCCUUCUGGACCAAGCUGAUCGUGGUGGCCAUCGGCUUCACGGGCGGCCUCAUCUUCAUGUACAUCCAGUGUAAGGUUUACCUGCAGCUGUGGCGUCGCCUCAAGGCCUUCAACCGCAUCAUCACUGUGCAGAACUGCCCCGAGAAAGACCUGCAUAAUCCUCAGGCCCGGCCCCGCCCGCUCGCUAAUGGCAACCAUGAGACUGUGGAGGUUCCGGUCAGUCCUGCCCCAGCCCCGGCCCCGGAGCCACACAUGGACUCGGACAUGUCCCUGGAGGCUGCUGUGGCCCCUGCACAAAACCCCGUCUGACCGUUUCAUCUGUCACUCACAUCCAAGGUCUGAGUCCCGCCCACUCCCACAAGCUGCUGCGAACGCGUGGUGAUUCAGACGGUGUUUUAGUGUUGUUCUUGGGGACAGAUUGAAAGUGAAACGUUUCCAGUAAACAAGCAAAACUGGAAAGGACGAAGGGCCACGGUGACCUAAAGCCAGACCGUGGACUAUGUGAAGAGACAGGAAGGGAAACAAAGC